AUGAAAUUGUUGUUCUUCAUCUGGUUUGCUAUUUUCAGCAAGGUUUUUGGUAUUUCUGAAGAGGUUGCUGAAGCUGCAGACGUUGUUUCAGAAGAUCUUAAGGAAGAUUUUGAUGUUGAAGAAUCUCCUGUUCAACAAUAUGUUAAUCUAAAUGUCACAUAUUCAAUUGUUGAAAGACCAGGUUUAAAUCUAACUGAUUUGUUUGAAUUUGUCCCAGAAGAAACAUUAACUUUGAACUACAAUCUUUACAAUGGUGAAAAUUCUUCAGUAAGUGUGGUUGGUGUUUCUGGUAAUGUCUAUACAUUUCCAGAUGGGUACUAUGCUGCUAACAUCACUGAAUCAAGUAUUGAACCAUUAGAAGUCAUGUUUAAUAGAUCUGCUAUAUUCCAACAAGAAGUUAGGUUGGUCUUACCAGAAGGUAGAUAUUAUUUGGAACCAGUGUUGAUUGUCGAAAAGGAUGAAAAACUAAUGAGAGUUGCUGUUCAACCAGUUACAGUUGAAAUUGCACCAUUACCAUUAUCUAUCUUCAAUCCACAAUUCUUAUCCAUUAUUGUUACUCUUGGGGCCUUGGUAGGUGGUGCUUUUUAUUAUUUGGUUUAUUUGAAAGCAUCAACUAAAGAAACCAAGGGUAAGUCAAAAACAGUUAAGGUCGAUGAAACAUGGUUGCCUGAUACAUACAAAAAAUAA